AUGGUCGACGCUAAUGAGGAUCGCGGGAUGGCCAUAGAGGAACCAGGGUUACCUCAAGGACCAAAGACAGAGCCUAAUUCUCCAUCAGCCACUUCCAGCUCGCCAUUAAUCAAUGACGGGGCAGUCAAUGGGCGUUCUAAAUCAAACGUUGACAGGAAUCUUGGUUUCCUGAGUGCUAAACAGAUCACCCUUGGCCAACGUUUAAAAGGUGUAUUGAACUCCCCAGCUCGGAAAUCUUCUCCUGAUGAUGAAAUUGUACAGAAAAUUGAUGAUGUCUAUGGCUACGCCAGAGUGGCUGCCUUCCAAGACAGCGACCCCAGUUGGUUACAAUAUCGAAAGUUCGGCUGGUUGCACAACAAUGUUUUACUUGUUCUACAAGAAGAGUUGCAGAGCCUUGAGGAUGAGCUAGAGGAGUUCUUCGAUAAUGCUUGUAAGCAUGAGGAAGGCCGGAUGCUUAUCAGAAGUCGAGACGAAGAUCGCAACCGUGAGCAUUCCGAAUGGACUGAUAUAAUUGACAGAAUCAAAGAAAAACUUGAGGUGUACGGUGAGUCCAUCUUGACCUGGCUCAUCACCGUUAGCUGUGCUCUGACGAGGGCAGAUGACUUUCUCCUCAAAACGCAAAGAAUUCAAGCUCUCGAAACUCCAACAAAACGAGACCAAAAUAGCGUGAAAAUCUUCGUGGAGCGGAGUCACAGUAUCGUGGAAUCAGAAAGAGAAUGGACGCAGCGUAGAGAAGACCUAGCAGUCUUGAAUCGCAAUGCUGAGCGCGGAAAAAUAAAUGACAUCAUUGAGGAUGUACUCAAUUACCUUUGUCCUCGAUUAUUACUGGUUGUCUUCAGGGCGGCCUACCUCGUUCUACUCCUCCUAGCAAUCUACACGCUUUUUCGCUUGCAGCCUCAGACCUCAGAAGAAGUUCAAUACAAGGGUAAUCUACAAAUUGUAGCUACUUGCCUCUUCACAUUUGCCGUGGCUAUCUGGUGCACCAUCCUCACCAAAGCGAGAAAUCAUGAGGUUUUCAUGGCAACAGCUGCUUUCGCAGCAGUGCUGGUUGUAUUCAUGGGCAACACAACGACCUUGGUAAUUCCUGAAGAAAUGCAAAAGAAAACAUCGAGCAUGUCAUCAGAUACUCUGUGA